AGAAAAACUUAUAUACAAUAUUUAAUCCUAGAGAUCAAUAUGGAGAAGGGUGUGAGUGAGGUGUGGGGGUGUGCGGGUGUGGGUGUGGGGUAGGUGUGCGAGUGUUGCUGGGUCUGGCUGUAUGUUCAUAUACCACUUCUUUACCCACACCCACACCCUUUUACUUUAUACAUUGUUUAUUCAAUAGUCACCUAUUAAUGUCUAUGGUUCUUGAAAAUUUGCUUCAUUUGACUGUUUAUUAGAGGCAUAAUUAAGGAGGAGUCGAGCAGCCUCUCUGUCAUCGAUUGAAUGUGUGCGUCCUCUUGAUUACACCACUAUCGUUUAAGUCAAUUUCACUGCAAGAAAUAAAAGAUUCUAUAAAGAACUAGAAUUUUACCAUUACUUUCUUAUCAUAAAGAUAUUUAUUUUUGUGUUAUCACAGGUAUUAAUAAUACAAUACAUGAUGUUCAUUUGUAUUACCAUAUAUUGAAAGUGAUUAUUAUUAUGAACCUACAACUCCACCAACAGAUAUAGAUAUAUCUUUUACUAAUAUUGGUGAGUAUGUAACUUCAAUUGUACCUGCUUAUACUGAACAACAAUUUAAAGAGCUUCUUCGACGUCAAAUUGAAUAUUAUUUUAGUUCAGAAAAUCUUCAAGUAGAUAUAUUUCUUCGACAACAAAUGACUAAAGAUAGUUAUGUACCACUUUCAUUAAUUGCUUAUACAGUUCAAGAUAGUCUUGUUGUUGAACUUAAUGAUAAAUGUAUGGUACAUUGUCGAAAUGAACCUGAUCGUUGGCCAUUGAUGAUUGAUGUAAACAAUCAUUUAACAGCAUUAAAUCCUGAUGUUCCAGAUUUCCAACUCGGGAAAAUUUGGAAGAAUGAAAAUCAAAAAAAAAAAGAACAGUCCCAGGUUAAAUCAUCAAAACAAGAUAAUCGUAAAGAAUUACCAAAUAAACAAAUAAAUUUAUCUUUAUUUCGUUCACAAAAUUGGUGUCGAACAACAUCAUUAACACUUGAUCUAUAUGAAGAACAUAAAAUUGAUGAAUCGGAUUUUGAAUUAGAUGAUGAUGAUGAUGAUAUUGAUAAAAUUCUUAUUAUAACACCAACACUACCAUCAAAUCGUAAACAUAAUCAACAAAAUCAUGAUCGUACAGGUGAUUAUACACCACGAGCUAAAGUAUCAGCUGAAGUAGCAAAAAUUAUUGAUGAUGGUUUA